AGCCCCUUCAUGCUACACACACAUAGCUAGCUACCAGUUGAGGUGAGCAAAUGUAUUGUCACUAUGUAAUCUGUUGCAACACGUCAGCUAGCUGGGCUUAUUUGAAUCCUAAAUCACAGGUUACCUACUCUAGCCACAUCAAAACCCCAGAACAUGAACCUGAUUGAGGCUUUGAACCGAUGAACACUUUUUAUUUUCCUCGCUACUCUGAGAUCGUGAGGCUUUUCAUGCUUUCUCAUGGACCUGUAACAGCUAGCCCUGAUGCUCACUCUCCCUGAAGGUAGAUCUUUGUUUGAAACUGUGGGGAAUUGGAUAUCAUUCAUGUUAUCCAAAAAACGUAAUAGUACAUCAUUAAAACGCUUUACACUGUAUCAAGACUGUCAAGUUGUCAAAGUUAGCCAGUAACUACAGCUUUGUUUGUCACUUACCUUCAUAAUUGUCGACGUAACUGGAUAUGUAUACAUCUUGAACCCCUUUUCUCUUUUGCUCCUCGGGGCUGAGCCUGCCGCUUGUACCAGCCGAUGUACAUCACUGAUGUUAACCUUCGGAAUUUAUUUGGACCUGUGCUUGGUUCAUCGCCAGCCCAGAAUCUACCUGUGUUACCCAGCAUGCAGCCUGGCUUCGGAAGUGGCGUCCCAUCCACUAACCCCUUUGUUGCUGCAGCCGUCGGCCCGGAGAUGGCCACCAACCCUUUCCAGGCCAACGGUAGAGCUCCAGCUGCAGCCUCCUUUGGCACCGGCUCUAUGAGCAUGCCCGCCGGCUUUGGGAAUGCGUCUUCCUAUUGCCUCCCGACCAGUUUCAGUGGAAACUUCCAGCAGCAAUUCCCUGGCCAGGCUCCCAUCCCUUACUCUCAACCGGGGGCUUACCACCCUCAGUCUAAUGGGCCUGCAUUCCCAGUCUAUGGUCAGAACAAGCCCUCCAUGUCGCACUUUGGGCAGCCCAUGGCUGGCCCUGGCAUGUCCUAUAACCCUUUCAUGGUGGCGGGUGCUCCAGCAGGGGCCUUCCCUUCGGGGGGUUCAACCAACCCUUUCCUGUAGCACAACUCUUACCUUUGCCACCAGAGGGCAGCAUGCAGCAUAUAAUACACACCAUUCCGUCAUGCAUUAGUGGCAGUACCAUUUUAUUUUUAAAGACUUAAAUUUUUUUGUUUUUGUUUCAUAUAAAAAAAAAGUUUACAACACUAUGAAGGAGUACAAAGGACUAUAUUGAAGACAAAGGGACUGUUAUGGGGAAAUGUACAGUUUGGAUUAUAUACAAUACAGUGUAUGCUUCUUAUGUUUUGUUUAUGACUGUAAGCUCUGUGCAUAUCAUUUGUAAUCACAAUUAAGUACAUGUUAUGUAUGACAAGGACUGAGUUACCAUUGGUAAGUAUACACAUACCUUAUGGAAAGAAAUACCUCACUACAAUCUUCAUUUUUUUUUUUUGGUUGCAAUUGCAAAAUGUGCAACAUUUCCUUUAUUAAAGGUGGGGUAGGUAAUUCAC